AGCGGAAGUUUUUCGUCGCUCUUUCAGAGCGGGAAUUACUGUCGUGUUUGCAGACAAGCUGAAGCUAAUCUGUCGAGGCAGAGAAGUCUAAAGUUUAAACCAGGCUCCAGGGUCGCUGUGGUUCGUCUCUCCGGCUGUGAAUCUUCUGAAGUCAGCAGUCAUGCAGGCAUUUUUAAAAGGAGCAACACUUCAGACGGGCAGACCUCAGAAAGACAAGGCGGCAGCAGGACCGAGUGCAGACAAGAAGACCAAGGCUGUUCCCUGGGUGGAAAAAUACAGACCGAAGAGUGUGGAUGAAGUGGCCUUCCAGGAGGAGGUUGUGGCCGUGCUGAAGAAGUCUUUGGAAGGAGCAGAUCUCCCAAACCUGCUUUUCUACGGCCCUCCUGGAACAGGAAAGACGUCCACCAUCUUAGCUGCUGCCAGAGAACUUUAUGGUCCGGAGCUGUACAGGCAGAGAGUACUGGAGCUGAAUGCCUCAGAUGAACGAGGCAUCCAGGUCAUCAGAGAGAAAGUCAAGAAUUUUGCACACCUCACCGUCUCCGGGACUCGUCCGGAUGGGAAGCCGUGUCCUCCUUUCAAGAUCAUCAUCCUGGAUGAGGCGGACUCCAUGACGGCUCCUGCUCAGGCUGCUCUCAGACGGACCAUGGAGAAGGAGUCCCGCACCACUCGCUUCUGUCUCAUCUGUAACUACAUCAGCAGGAUCAUCGAGCCGCUCACAUCCAGGUGUUCCAAGUUUCGCUUCAAACCUUUGGCCAAUAAGAUCCAAGAAGAGCGUCUGCUGGGGAUCUGUGAGAAGGAGAACCUCAAGUACACCAAGGAGAGCAUCACAGCCCUGGUGCAGCUGUCGGAGGGAGACCUUCGGAAAGCUAUCACCUUUUUGCAGAGCGCCGCACGUCUCAGCACGGACAAGGAGAUCACUGAUGGGGUCAUCGUUGAGAUUGCAGGGGUCGUUCCUUCCAAAGUGAUCGACGACUUGCUCCAUAUUAGUUUGAAAGGAACGUUCGAGAAACUAGAAGUGGCUGUCAGGAACCUGGUGGAUGAAGGUUACGCCGCCACACAGAUCUUGACUCAGCUCCACGACUCCAUCUUGGAACAAGACAUAAACGAUCAACAAAAGUCGUCCAUCACUGAGAAAAUGGCAGUGGUGGGGAAGUGCCUGGCAGAUGGAGCAGAUGAAUACCUGCAGAUACUGAGUCUGUGCUCGCUCAUCAUGCAGCAAGCCUCUCAAAGCUAAAACUCCACAGAGGAAGAAGACCACCAUGUGGUUCUGGCAGGACCAGUAGAGACUUCACCUGUUCAGAGGCAAUGAAGAUGUUUACUGUCAACAGUGGUCCCGACAUAACAUGUUUUUAUACACAGAUGUUGGAAUGUUGGGGAGUAAUACAUUGUGUUCUGUAUCUUUUCAGUGUUUUUGUUGAUUAUUGGAACAAAUGGUAAGAUUUGACAGAAAUGUUAAGACACUUCAUUCAACACCUUCUGUGAAAAUGUUUGUUCUAAACCCU